CUGCCUUUGAUAACCAAUAGCGGCUUCAUUACAGUGGUCUGUUUGGUGUUCUUUUUCCAUUUCUUCUCAGAUCACCAUGGACAAAGCUGCACUGAGACUAACUUUGUUUGGCCUUCUGUUCACUUGUGUCAACUUGGCUGCUAACAAGAAACAAGAUAUAGAUAUUUACAGCUUCCACAUUAGCUCUACGAUCACCAACCGCUACGCUACCACGGUCAUCACAAGCCGUGUGAAAAACCUGUUAACUCAAUCUCAAGAGAUCCAUUUUGAGGUCAAGAUACCCAAGAAUGCAUUCAUCAGCCAGUUUAAAAUGACCAUUGAGGGAAAGACAUAUGAUGGAGUUGUGAAGGAAAAAGAGGAAGCUCAGAAGGAUUACAGAAGAGUAGCAUGUCUAGGGAAAAGUGCUGGACUGGUCAGUUUCAGUGCUGUUGGAAGGACUUUUGAAGACUUUAAAACAUCAGUGACAGUAGCUGCUCAGAGUAAAGUGACCUUUGAGUUGACCUACGAAGAACUGCUAAAGCGGCGCCAUGACAAAUAUGAGUUACUCAUCAAUGCCCAACCGAUGCAGCCGGUGGCAGAUUUCAAGAUUGAUGUACACAUCCAUGAGAAUCCAGGAAUUACUUUCUUGGAGGUCAAAGGUGGUUUGAACACUAAGGAUCUGGCCAACGCUGUCUCACCCUUAAAAUUAGAAAAAGAUGCAUGGGUGAAUUUCUACCCCACUCGUGACCAGCAAACAAAGUGUGAUGAUUGUAGUGAAAAUGGUCUGAAUGGCAACCUGAUCAUUACAUAUGAUAUUAAGAGAUUAAAUCAAAGAGGAGAUCUGAAGGCUUUAGAAGGCUAUUUUGUCCACUGCUUCGCACCUACAGAUAUUCAGUACAUUUCCAAUAAUGUGGUGUUUAUUAUUGACCGGAGUGCCUCCAUGUCGGGCAAAAAAAUGGAGCAGACUCGUUUUGCAAUGCUGAAGAUUUUGAGUGACCUUGCAGAGGAUGACCACUUCGGAUUGAUUACAUUCAAUGAUCAAAUUCAAACCUGGAAACCUGAACUUCUCAAAGCCACUGAAGGAAAUGUGGAAGAAGCAAAGAUGUUUGUGAAGGGGAUUACAAGUGGAGGAAACACAGACAUAAAUGCUGCAGUGCUAAAAGCUGUGGACAUGAUCAACAAACACCAUCAAGAGGGAUCUGCAUCCAUCCUGAUCCUGUUGACUGAUGGAGAUCCUACUACAGGUGAGACCGACCUAGUGAAGAUUCAGAAAAAUGUGAAAAAGGCCAUUGAUGGAAAAUUUCCUUUAUACUGUUUGGGUUUUGGGUUUGGUGUCACCUUUGCGUUCCUGGAGAAGUUGUCAUUGGAAAAUAACGGUGUUGCUCGCAGGAUCUAUGAGGAUUCUGAUGCUGAUCAACAAUUGCAGGACUUCUACAAGGGAGUGUCCACUCCACUCUUGACUGAUGUCCAGCUUAGCUACCAAGGAGUUGCCGAUUUAACCCAAAACACUUUCAGCCAUUACUACAGUGGUUCUGAGAUUGUGGUGGCUGGUCGUAUCAUUGACAACAGUUUGGACAGUUUCACCUCUGAAGUCACUGCAUUAUCGAAAAGAACUGAAAGGGUAUAUAAUAUUGAAAUACCUAUAGGGAAACUAAACAGUGACAAACCUGGACAGAAGAACUUUAUUGAAAGAUUAUGGGCCUUCCUUACAGUAAAGCAGCUACUGGAGAAAGAAGUGACUCUACAAGGCCAGGAAAAAUACAAUGCAAAGAACAAAGCCCUUGAGCUUUCUCUGAAGUACAAAUUUGUCACGCCGCUUACAUCAAUGGUGGUCACCAAACCCCAGGAUCAGCAAAUCCAGGUUGUCCACAAACCCAAAGAGGGAGAGAAACCAACUAUUUCACCAACAUCAUCAUACGGGGUACCCUGUAUUGUUGAGGGAGGAGCAGCAGCAGCAGGAGUCAUAAUCUUUGAACCAGCAGAGCCAACCUCUCCUCCAUUGAAGAGCAUUAGGAUUUUGAAAUCUUCUGGUAAUGCUAAGCCACUUUGUUACGAUGUUCAUCGUGUUGCUCAGAAAUUCAGACUCCUACAAAAUGACCAAUCAGAGUUUUCUAUGAAUGGACAGCUUGAGACAGUUGGAGGGAAAGGCUUCAGUCAGAUUGCAAUUCAUUACAAAACGCAUCACCAUCUGCUGCUCAGCACUAGUGAGAUUUCCUACUUUGAUGGACAGGACACUGUGAAGUUUUCAUGGGAUCAAGGCCUCACUCACCAUGAGACAGAACACGUGUCUCUGAUUCUGCGGAGUAAUGAAAUGGAUGUUACCAUGGGAAACAUCCGAGUUGUCAUUCUUCUUCAUAAGAAAGAUGAAAAUUUUCUGUGGCCUGCUGUUUGGCAACAGCCAAAAGAUGCUGGUUUCACAGGAAUCUUAGGAGAAGCUGCUAUUUCAUAUGAGGAAAUCCCAGGAUCAUAUACACCAACUUUAAAGUUAAAGAACAAGGAAGUGAAGACAUCUUGGGUGAUGGUGACGAACUACAGAUUUUCUUUUGCUCCUGUCAUUGGAUGUUGGCUCGUACCGUUCAAUGUUGUUGCGCAGCGGGAGCUCUCUGACUUCACUGUCACUCAGUUGUAGAGUUCAGACAAAUUUACUUAAUUUUUCUUGUCAGUUUUCAUGCUGACCUUAAAAAAUGUAACCUAUUCUUUAAAUAAAAUUGUUGAACAAUA